AUGUCUGAAGUGAUCACAGUUGUUAGGAGGAAGGGUGCUUUCCAGCAAUUCGGCGAGAUUGUGGAAAAAUUGGACGAGGAAGAUGUAGACAUCGAGAUGACGGAGGCAAGCGAGAGUGGAUUGGAGGGCGAGAAGUCGGGAUUGCAAGUUGUUACGCCUGGUGAGCUUGUCAGCGAAAAUCCAGGCUGGAUGAGGGGCCAUGGCACGUAUUUUUUGGAUAAUAUGACGUACUCGUCAGUCGCGGGAACUGUGUCGAAAGUGAACAGACUGUUGUCUGUUAUACCGCUUAAAAGUCGGUAUUCGCCCGAGACCGGCGACCACAUCGUUGGCAGAAUAGCAGAGGUCGGCAAUAAGAGGUGGCGAGUGGACAUCGGCGGGAGACAGCAUGCGGUGCUGAUGCUGGGGUCGGUGAACCUGCCGGGUGGCAUUUUGAGAAGGAAGUCAGAGAGCGAUGAGUUGCAGAUGAGAAGCUUUUUGAAGGAGGGCGAUCUGCUGAAUGCUGAAGUACAGUCACUGUUCCAGGACGGGAGUGCGUCGCUACACACUAGAUCGCUCAAGUAUGGAAAAUUGCGCGAUGGUAUGUUUUGCCAAGUGCCAAGCUCGUUGAUCGUAAGAUCCAAGAAUCACACACAUAACCUCCCCGGCAGCGUCACUGUAGUGCUGGGGGUCAACGGGUUCAUAUGGCUGAGGAAAACGUCUAAGAUGGACAGCGCCAGAGACGCACCUUCAGGCGCCAGCAUGGGUUCCACCGGUGGGCCCACGGGAGCUAAGUCGUUACGUGCAGAUACAGUGUCGAUCACCAGAUUGGAAGAAGAGUCUUCGUGGCAGAUAUAUUCGGAUCAGAACGACCCUUCGAUAACCAGCAGUAUUAGACAGACCAUAUGUCGCUAUGCGAACGUGAUCAAGGCGCUUGCGUAUUGCGAGAUCGGUAUUACGCAGGAAAGAAUCGUCAGCGCUUAUGAGGCAAGCAUGGCAUAUUCUGCAGUUGGCAGCCUGAUCGAGAGGGAAGUAAUGGAGAGCCUAGGAGACGACGUGCUCAACGCGGAAAAGAUGAGAGGUUCACCGUUCUGA